CCCUAUAUGGCUGUGGAUGAGCUCUAUGCUAAUAUCGGCUUGAGAGGCACAGCAUCGCGUUUCUGCCGGCAGUCAGCGGUGGCUUCCAGAGUCUGAGCAGGCUCCUUCACAGCCAUGGCUGAGGGCGGAGAAGGGGAAGAUGAGAUCCAGUUCUUGCGAACUGAUGACGAGGUGGUGCUCCAAUGUGUGGCCACAGUCCAGAAGGAGCACCGGAAGUUCUGCUUGGCCGCUGAGGGGCUCGGAAACCGUCUGUGCUACCUGGAGUCUACAUCCGAAGCUAAGCUUGUUCCUCCCGACAUGUGUAUUUGUAACUUUGUGCUGGAGCAGUCCCUGUCCGUGCGGGCCCUGCAGGAGAUGCUGGCUAACACUGGGCAGAACAGCGAAGGGAGUGCUGACCAUGAAAAAUGGGCGGGUCAGGGGGGUGGACACCGGACCCUGCUCUACGGUCAUGCCAUCCUCCUACGCCACUCCUUCAGUGGCAUGUACUUGACCUGUUUGAAGACGUCAAGGUCUCUAACAGACAAGCUGUCAUUCGAUGUCGGACUCCAAGAAGAUUCAAUAGGAGAGGCCUGCUGGUGGACCAUUCACCCCGCCUCCAAGCAGAGAUCCGAGGGAGAGAAAGUGCGCAUCGGAGACGACCUGAUUCUCGUCAGCGUGUCGACGGAGAGAUACCUGCAUCUCUCCAACUCCAACGGCAACAUCCAGGUGGAUGCCUCGUUCAUGCAGACGCUGUGGAACGUGCAGCCCACCUGUUCUUCAGGCAACAUGGCUGUAGGGUAUUUGAUCGGCGGGCAUGUGAUGCGUCUGUGCCACGGCCACGAUGAGAGCUUGACCAUCCCCGGAGCCGACAAGAGUGAAGAGGAGCAGAGGAUAGUGAACUACGAGGCGGGUAAGGGAGCAUCAAAGGCCCGCUCGCUGUGGAGACUGGAGCCUCUCAGGAUCAGCUGGAGCGGCAGCCACAUCCGAUGGGGCCAGGCCUUCCGUCUACGCCACCUCUCCACCGGCCACUAUCUGGCCCUGACCGAAGACCGUGGACUGGUCCUGCAGGACAGAGCGAUGUCCGACACCAAGUCCACAGCCUUCUGCUUCAGGCCCUCCAAGGAAAAGAGCGACGCCGGCCCAAAGAGGGACAUCGACGGGAUGGGCGUCCCGGAGAUCAAGUACGGAGACUCCGUGUGCUUCGUCAUGCACGUGGCGACCGGACUGUGGCUGUCUUACCUGGCCCCCGACGCCAAAUCGUCUCGUCUUGGUCCCCUGAAACGAAGGGCCUGCCUACAUUCUGAGGGCCACAUGGAUGACGGGCUCAUCCUCCAGCGCUGUCAGCAUGAGGAGUCUCGGGCCGCGCGCAUCAUCCGCAACACCACGUUCCUCUUCACCAACUUCAUCAAGGCUCUGGACAGCAUUUCUGAGGGCGAGUCCUCGGCGGUGGCCGGGUACGUUGAAGAGGUGCUGCAGACGCUGAACGACCUGAUCGAGUACUUCAAGCAGCCCGAUUCAGAGCUGGAGCACGAGGAGAAGCAGUGUCUGCUCCGUUCGCUCAUCAAACGUCAAGACCUCUUCAAAGAGGAGGGCAUGCUGUCCCUCCUGUCCAAAUGCAUUGACCGGAUGAACUUGUACAACAGUGCAGCCCACUUCGGAGAGAUGGCCGGCGAGGAGGCGGGCGCGGCGUGGAAAGACAUUCUCAACCUCCUCUAUGAACUCCUGGCUUCGCUGAUCCGCGGGAACAGGAACAACUGCACCCAGUUUUCCCGGAAGUUGGACUGGUUGGUCAGCAAACUGGAGAGACUGGAGUCUUCAUCAGGAAUCCUGGAAGUCCUCCACUGCAUCUUGGUGGAAAGCCCGGAGGCCCUGAACAUCAUCCAGAGAGCGCACAUUAAAUCAAUCAUCUCUCUGCUCUACAAGCAUGGACGCAACCACAAGAUUCUAGAUGUCCUGUGCUCCCUCUGCGUUUGCAACGGGGUGGCAGUGAGAGCCAAUCAGAAUCUGAUCUGUGACAACCUCCUUCCGAAGAGGGACCUGCUGCUUCAGACUCGACUGGUCAAUGAUGUUCAGAGUAUGAGGCCAAACAUCUUUUUGGGCGUCGCUGAGGGUUCAGCUCAGUAUAAGAAGUGGUAUUUCGAGCUGGUCAUUGACCAGGUGGACCACUUUGUGACCGGGGAACCUACACACCUGAGAGUAGGCUGGGCCAACACUAAAGGCUACGCUCCGUACCCCGGCGGAGGAGAGGGGUGGGGAGGCAACGGGGUUGGGGAUGACCUGUACUCCUACAGCUUUGAUGGACUUCAUCUGUGGUCAGGCCGAAUCCCGAGGGCCGUGGCCUCCAUUAACCAGCACCUGCUGAACUCGGACGACGUGGUCAGCUGCUGUCUGGAUUUGGGCGCUCCCAGCAUGUCCUUCAGGAUCAACGGGCAGCCGGUGCAGGGCAUGUUCGAGGACUUCAACACCGACGGCUUCUUUUUCCCCGUCGUCAGCUUCUCCGCGGGCGUCAAGGUCCGUUUCCUGCUGGGUGGACGCCACGGAGAUUUCAAAUUCCUGCCGCCCGCCGGUUACUCUCCGUGUUACGAGGCCCUGCUGCCCAAGGAGAAGAUGCACGUGGAGCCCGUGAAGGAGUACAAGAGGGACCACGACGGGGUCCGCGAUCUGCUGGGGACCACUCAGUUCCUCUCUCAGGCCUCCUUCAUCCCCACUCCUGUCGACACCAGCCAGAUUGUUCUUCCCCCUCACCUGGACAACAUCCGGGACAAGCUGGCAGAAAACAUCCAUGAACUGUGGGGGAUGAACAAGAUUGAACUGGGCUGGACCUAUGGCAAGGUUCGGGAUGACAACAAGAGGCAGCACCCUUGCCUUGUGGAUUUCUCAAAGCUGCCUGAAACCGAAAGGAACUACAACCUGCAGAUGUCCAGCGAAACCCUUAAGACCCUGUUGGCACUGGGAUGCCACGUUUCCCAGGUCAACAUUCACGCUGAAGACGAUCUGAAGAAAAUCAAAUUACCGAAAGACUAUGUGAUGUCUAACGGGUAUAAGCCUGCGCCACUGGACCUCUCUGACGUGAAGCUGAACGCAGGUCAGGAGGUUCUAGUUGAUAAACUGGCUGAGAACGCACACAACGUGUGGGCCAAAGACAGAAUUAAACAAGGAUGGACCUAUGGCAUCCAGCAGGAUUUGAAGAGCAGGCGUAAUCCUCGCCUGGUGCCGUAUGCUUUACUCGACGAACGCACAAAGAAAUCAAACAGAGACAGUCUGAGAGAGGCCAUCAGGACUAUGGUUGGAUAUGGAUAUAAUAUCGACCCCCCAGACCAAGAGGUCGUCCACGUUGUAGACGAUCAGAGCAUCGAGACCAUCCGCUUCUUCCGCGUGGAGCAGACGUACGCGGUGAAGACGGGGAAGUGGUACUUUGAGUUUGAGGCUCUGAGCGGCGGCGACAUGAGGGUCGGCUGGGCGAGGCCGGGCUGCAGACCUGACGUGGAGCUGGGAAUGGACGACCAAGCCUUCGUCUUUGAUGGAUACAGGGGUCGGCGUUUGCAUGCAGGCAGCCGCUACUUCGGACAGCCCUGGAAGAAGGGCGACGUGGUUGGUUGCAUGAUCAACAUGGAAGACAAAUCCAUGAUCUUCACGCUGAACGGGGAGCUGCUCAUCACCAGCAAGGGCUCCGAGCUCGGCUUCGCUGAUUUCGAGACGGAAGACGGUUUCAUCCCCGUGUGCAGCCUCAGCAUGUCUCAGAUCGGCCACAUGAACCUGGGCAAGGACGCCAGCACCUUCAAGUACUACACCAUGUGCGGCCUGCAGGAAGGCUUUGAGCCGUUUGCCGUCAACAUGAACAGAGACAUCACCAUGUGGUUCAGCAAGCGCCUGCCCACUUUUUUCAACGUGCCCCAGGACCACAUGCACAUUGAGGUGACGAGGAUCGACGGGACGGUUGACAGCCCACCGUGCCUUAAGGUCACACACAAGACGUACGGCACCCAAAACAGCAACAACGACAUGGUCUACUGCAGACUGAGCAUGCCGGUGGAGUUCUACUCUGCAGACAGGUUACUGGACGAGUCACUGAAACUCAGUCAUCCCCCGAAAGAAGAUGGAAGCAUUGACUACGGCAGCAUCACAACUUACUACCACUCUGUGAGGGUGUUUGCCGGACAGGACCCCGCCUCGGUGUGGGUGGGCUGGGUCACGCCCGACUACCAUUACUACAGCAAGAACUUCGGCCUCAGCAAGACGCGUACGGUCACCGUCACCCUGGGAGACGAGAGGGGCCGGGUCCACGAGAGCGUUCAGAGGAGUAACUGCUACAUGGUGUGCGGAGCGGACGCCGUCGGCCCGUCGUCCUCCAGCCGCUCCAACUCUGACCUGGAGAUCGGCUGCCUGAUCGACCUGGCCACCGGCCUCGUCUCCUUCACCGCCAACGGCAAAGAGCUGCCCACGUCGUACCAGGUGGAGCCAAAUACCAAGCUCUUCCCCGCCGUGUUUGUGUGCCCCACCAGCGCGAACCUCUUCCAGUUCGAGUUCGUCAAGAUCAAGGACGCCAUGCCGCUGUCCUCGGCCAUAUUCAAGAGCGAGCACAGGAACCCGGUGCCGCAGUGCCCCCCCCGGGUGGACGUGCAGACCAUCGUGGCCGUGAUGUGGAGCCGGAUGCCGAAUACCUUCCUCAACGUGGAGACGGCUCGGGUCAGCGAACGGCACGGCUGGGUGGUGCAGUGUCUGGAACCUCUGCAGAUGAUGGCCGUGCACAUACCCGAAGAGAACAGGUGUUUGGACGUCCUAGAGUUGUCGGAGCACGAGGACUUAAGGAAGUUCCACUACCACACGCUGAAGCUGUACUGCGCUCUCUGCGCUCUGGGAAACACCCGAGUAGCUCACGCCCUGUGCAGCCAUUUGGACCAGUCGCAGCUUCUCUACACCAUCGACAACCAGUACCUCUCUGGCAUGCUGAGAGAGGGCUUCUACGACGUCCUGAUCAGCAUCCAUCUCGAGACGGCGAAGGAGGCCCAGCUAAUGAUGAACAACGAGUUCAUCAUCCCCGUGACCGACGAGACGCGCUCCAUCCGGCUGUUCCCCGACGAGUCCAAGCGCCACUCGCUGCCCGGCGUGGGGCUGAGCACCUCCCUCAAACCUCGGGUCAACUUCUCCCCCGUGGGCAUCAUCAACACCAAGCGGCCGCAGUUCCUGCACAGCCCCCAGAUCCCGCUGGGCAUCCUGAAAGAGAAGGCCAUAACCAUGCUCACCGAGGCCGUGCAGGGGGGGGGGACCCACAUCCGGGACCCGGUCGGCGGCAGCGCCGAGUACCAGUUCGUCCCCAUCCUGAAGCUCAUCGGGACGCUGCUGAUCACGGGGGUCCUGACCAGCGACGAGGUGAGGCUGAUCCUCCUCCUCAUCGACCCCAACGUGUUCGGCGAGAGCAAGGAGGGCGAGGAAGCGAAGGGGGACGAGGUGGCCAUACCGGGGGAGAAGGAGGCGGUGAGCAAGAACGAGGAGAAGGCUGUGGAAGCCGGGGAGGAGGAGACCAAGGAGAGCAAAGCGCCCGUCAAAGGGCUGCUGGAGAAGUCGCUGCCCGAGUCCGUCAAACACCAGAUGUGCGAGCUGCUGCACUACUUCUGCGACUGCGAGCUGAAGCACCGCAUCGAAUCCAUCGUCUCCUUCUCCGACAGAUUCGUGUCCAAGCUGCAGUACAACCAGAAGUUCCGCUAUAACGAGCUGAUGCUGGCUUUCAACAUGUCCGCCGCCGUCACCGCCAAGAAGACCAAAGAGUUCCGCUCACCCCCACAGGAGCAGAUUAACAUCCUGCUGAACUUCAGCGCCGGGGAGGACUGCCCCUGCCCAGAGGAGAUCCAGGAGGAACUCAACUCCUUCCACGAGGAACUGCGACUGCACUGUGGAAUUCCAGUGGAUGAGGAAGAGGAAGAGCAGGACACGUCGAUCAAAGGCCGACUCCUCGCUUUGCUCUACAAGAUCAAGGGCCCACCUCAUAAGACAGAGCAGGAACCCACAGAGACGGAACAGGCUGCUCCGACCAACCUGAAGGAGCUCAUCUCCCAAACCAUAACCAGCUGGGCUCAGGAGUCUCACAUCCAGGACCCACAGCUGGUCAGGGUGAUGUUCAGCCUUCUGAGGAGGCAGUAUGACGGCAUCGGUGAACUGCUCCGGGCCAUGAAGAAAUCCUACACCAUCAGCGCCGCGUCCGUGCAGGACGCCAUUAAUCUGCUGGCGUCCCUGGGUCAAAUCAGGUCCCUGCUGUCGGUGCGCAUGGGCAAAGAGGAGGAGAAGCUCAUGAUUGAUGGACUCGGCGACAUCAUGAACAAUAAAGUUUUCUACCAGCAUCCCAAUCUGAUGAGGGUGCUGGGGAUGCACGAGACCGUCAUGGAGGUCAUGGUCAACGUGUUGGGUGGAGACAAGUCACAGGAAAUCGCUUUCCCCAAAAUGGUGGCCAGCUGCUGUCGCUUCCUGUGCUAUUUCUGUCGCAUUAGCCGGCAGAACCAGAAAGCCAUGUUCGACCACCUGAGCUACCUGCUGGAGAACAGCAGCGUCGGACUGGCCUCUGAAGCUAUGCGGGGCUCCACUCCACUGGAUGUCGCAGCAUCUUCAGUGAUGGACAACAACGGCCUGGCUCUGGCCCUGGAGGAGCCUGAUCUGGAGAAGGUGGUGACAUACCUGGCAGGAUGCGGUCUCCAGAGCUGCGCCAUGCUGGUUGCCAAGGGUUACCCCGACCUCGGCUGGAACCCCAUCGAGGGAGAGCGCUACCUGUCCUUCCUGAGAUUCGUCGUCUUCUGCAACGGUGAGAGCGUGGAGGAAAACGCCAACGUGGUGGUGAAGCUGCUGAUCAGACGCCCGGAGUGUUUCGGCCCCGCGCUCAGAGGAGAGGGCGGUCAGGGUCUGCUGGCCGCCAUGAGGGAGGCCAUCAAGAUCUCCGAGGAUCCUGCGCUGGACCUGCCCAAGACGCCCGCCGCAGUAACGACAGGGUCUGGUGAGGAAGAAGGAGAGGUCAUCCACAUGGGCAACGCCAUCAUGUCCUUCUACUCGGCCCUCAUUGACCUGCUGGGACGCUGUGCCCCCGAGAUGCAUCUCAUCAACGCUGGUAAAGGCGAGGCCCUGCGUAUCAGAGCCAUCCUGCGCUCUCUGGUCCCCACUACAGACUUGGUCGGCGUCAUCAGCAUCCCCCUCAACAUGCCUGUGGUUAAUAAAGACGGCACAGUGACAGAACCCGACAUGUCGGCUUGUUUCUGUCCGGACCACAAGGCCCCCAUGGUGCUCUUCCUGGACAGAGUGUACGGCAUCGAGGACCAGAGCUUCCUCCUCCAGAUGCUGGAGGUCGGCUUCCUGCCUGACCUGCGAGCCUCGGCGUCUCUGGACACAGAAGUGCUGAGCACCACGGAGACCGCGUUGGCCAUGAACAGGUACAUCGGCUCGGCCCUGCUGCCCUUGCUGACCCGCUGCGCCGCCCUCUUCGCCAACACGGAGCACUACGCGCAGCUGAUCGACUCCACCCUGCAGACCAUCUACCGGCUGUCCAAAGGCCGCUCGCUCACCAAGGCCCAGAGGGACGCCAUUGAGGAGUGUCUGCUGGCUAUUUGCAAACACCUGCGCCCCUCUAUGAUGCAGCAGCUGCUCAGACGACUGGUGUUUGACGUUCCAAUGCUCUCUGAAUACUGCAAGAUACCUAUCCGCCUGCUGACCAACCACUAUGAGCAGAACUGGAAGUACUAUUGCCUGCCGUCUGGUAUGGGCAGCUUCGGGAUAGCCUCUGAGGAGGAGCUCCUUCUCACCAAGAAACUCUUCUGGGGAAUCUUCGACUCCCUUUCUCACAAGAAGUACGACGCCGAACUUUUCAAAAUGGCCAAGGCGUGCCUGUGCGCCAUCGCUGGGGCCCUCCCUCCGGACUUUGUGGAUUCCAGUUUGGGGACAACGCUGGAGAAGCAGGCAUCAGUGGACGCACAGGGCAACUUUGACCCCAAACCCAUCAACACUGCCAACAUCUCCCUUCCUGAAAAACUUGAGUACAUUGCCAACAAAUAUGCCGAGCAUUCCCAUGAUAAGUGGUCCUCAGAGAAGAUGUCAGCGGGCUGGAAGCAUGGAGACAAUCUGGAUGAGCAGGCCAAAGCUCAUCCACUCCUGAAGCCGUAUAAAGCCUUAAGCGAGAAGGAGAGAGAAACGUACCGCUGGCCAGUGAGAGAGUCAAUGAAGAGCAUGUUGUCUAUGGGCUGGAACAUUGAGAGGACCAAGGAGGGAGAAGCCCUGUUCCAGCAACGAGAGAGCGAAAAGCAACGAAAGAUCUCAGAGUCCCAGGGUUCUGGAUUCAGCCCUGCUCCUAUGGACCUGCAUAAUGUCCCUUUGUCCAGGGAGUUACAGGGGAUGGUGGAGGUGGUGGCAGAAAACUACCACAACAUCUGGGCCAAGAAGAAGAAAUCUGAACUCAUUGGCAAAGGAGGAGGGACCCACCCGCUGCUGGUUCCCUAUGACACCUUGACUGCUAAGGAGAAGUACAGAGACAGAGAGAAGGCCCAGGAACUCUUCAAGUUCCUGCAGAUUAGUGGAUACACCGUUACAAGAGGUCUAAAGGACAUGGAGCAGGACUCGUCGUCCAUGGAAAAACGCUUUGCCUACAAAUUCCUCAAGAGGCUGCUGAAGUACAUCGACUCUGCCCAGGAGUUCAUUGCUCAUCUAGAGGCCAUGGCCACCAGCGGGAAGACGGACAAAUCCCCCCAUGACCAGGAAAUCAAGUUCUUCGCCAAGGUGCUGCUUCCUCUGAUCGAUCAGACCUUUAAGAACCACUGCCUCUACUUCCUGUCCACGCCCAGCAAGAACCUGAGCAGCUGUGGUUGUGCCUCAAACAAGGAGAAGGAGAUGAUCACCAGCCUGUUCUGUAAACUGGCAGCUCUUGUCAGACACAGGAUUUCUCUCUUUGGAAGUGAUUCUGCAAUUAUGGUGAGCUGUCUGCACAUCCUCACUCACUCACUUGACACCAGAACAGUGAUGAAGUCUGGCUCGGAGCUGGUCAAGGCCGGGGUCAGGGCUUUCUUUGAGAACGCGGCCGAGGACCUGGAGAAGUUGCUGGAGAUGCUGAAGCUGGGGAAGUUCAUGCAGUCCCGCGCCCAGAUGAAGAGCGUCACUCAGAGCAUCAACUACGUGACCGUGGCUCUGCUGCCCAUCCUCACCGCCCUGUUCGACCACAUCACGACGUAUGAGUUUGGAGUGGACCUGCUUUUGGACGACGUGCAGCUGUCGUGCUACAGGAUCCUGACGUGUUUCUACUCUCUGGGAACAGGAAAGAACGUCUUUGUGGAGAGGCAUCUGCCAGCUCUGGGGGAGAGCCUGGCAACCCUGGUGGCGGCCAUGCCUGUGGCGUUCCUGGAGCCUCAGCUGAACGCCCACAACCCGCGCUCCGUCUUCAACACCAAGACCCCCCGAGAGAGAGCCAUCCUGAGCAUGCCCGACACCGUGGAGGAGAUGUGUCCGGAGAUGCCUCGUCUAGACAAGCUGCUCAAAGAUGUCAACGACGUCUCCGAGUCCGGUGCUCGCUACAGUGACAUGCCACAGGUCAUUGAGGUGAUCCUCCCUAUGCUGUGUAACUACCUGUCCUACUGGUGGGAGAAAGGCCCGGAGAACUCGCCCCCGGAUGCCCAGUGCUGCACCAUGGUGACCUCUGAACACCUCAGCAUCAUUCUGGGAAACAUCCUCAGGAUCCUCAACAACAACCUGGGCAUCGACGACGCCCCUUGGAUGAAGAGGAUCGCAGUCUACUCUCAGCCGAUCAUCUGCAAAGCUGGAGCAGAUCUGCUGAGGUCUCACUUCCUGCCCACACUGGACAAGCUGAGGAAGAAGACGGUGAAGGUGGUUUGUGAAGAGGAGCUGCUGAAGGCCGACAGUAAAGGAGACAACCAGGAGGCAGAGCUCCUCAUCCUGGACGAGUUCGCCGUGCUCUGCAGGGACCUCUACGCUUUCUACCCCAUGCUCAUUCGUUACGUGGACAACAACAGGUCCAGGUGGCUGAAGGAGCCGGACGCAGACUCCACCGAGCUCUUCAGGAUGGUGGCUGAGAUUUUCAUCCUGUGGUGCAAGUCGCACAACUUUAAACGUGAAGAGCAAAACUUUGUGGUUCAGAAUGAGAUCAACAACUUGGGUUUCUUGACCGGUGAAUGCAAGUCAAAGAUGUCCAAGUCCGGCGGGGACCAGGAGAGGAAACACAAGCGGCGCCGCGGUGAAUACUACUCCAUUCAAACGUCUCUGAUCGUGGCUGCCCUGAAGAAGAUGCUUCCCAUCGGCCUCAACAUGUGCACCCCCGGAGACCAGGAGCUCAUCUCUCUGGCCAAGAUACGCUACAGUCUGAAAGACACAGACGAUGAGGUGAAGGAGCAUUUACGUCAGAACCUCCAUCUUCAGGACAAGUCUGAAGACCCAGCGGUUCAGUGGCAGAUGAACCUCUACAAAGAUGUGGUGGUGAAGAGUGAGGAACCGGUCAACUCAGAGCACACGGUGGACAGAGUCCAGAGUAUCUCAGCUGCAGUUUUCCACCUGGAGCAGGUGGAGCAGCCUCUGAGGAACAAGAAGUGUGUGAUGCAGAAGCUGCUGUCGAAGCAGCGUAAGCGUGCGGUGGUGGCUUGCUUCCGCAUGGCUCCUCUGUACAACCUCCCCAGGCAUCGCGCUAUCAACUUCUUCAUCCCGGCCUAUCAGAGACUUUGGAUAGAGGCAGAGGAGUACUCCUUUGAGGAGAAGCUAGUUCAGGAUCUGGCAAAAACCCCAAUGAAGAUUGUGGACGAGGAGGAAGAGGAGGUGGCUGAGGUGCAGCCCGACCCCCUCCAUCAACUAAUCCUCCACUUCAGCCACAACGCUCUGACGGAGAGAAGUUUCUUGGAAGUUGAUCCUUUGUAUAUUGCGUAUGCAGACAUGAUGGCAAAGAGCUGUGCAGAAGAUGAGGAAGAAGAAGAGGAAGAAGAAAAAGAGAAGACAUUUGAGGAAAAGGAGAUGGAAAAGCAGAAGAUCCUGUAUCAGCAGGCGAGGCUGCAUGCCCGCGGGGCCGCCGAAAUGGUGCUGCAGAUGAUCAGCGCCAGUAAAGGUCGUCUGGGCUCCAUGGUGACCUGCACCCUCAAACUGGGCAUCUCCAUCCUAAAUGGAGGCAAUGUGCAUGUUCAGCAGAAAAUGCUUGAUUACUUGAAAGAAAAAAGAGAUGCAGGCUUUUUCAAGAGUCUCUCAGGACUGAUGCAGUCUUGCAGCGUCCUGGACUUGAAUGCAUUUGAGAGGCAGAACAAAGCAGAAGGACUUGGCAUGGUGACAGAGGAAGGUUCAAUCCACACUGAUCGGGGCUCCAAGGUGCUACAGAACGACGAGUUUACCAAAGAUCUUUUCCGGUUUUUGCAACUUCUAUGCGAGGGGCACAAUGGAGAUUUCCAGAAUUUCCUGAGAACCCAGACUGGAAACACAACCACAGUCAACAUCAUUAUCAGCACAGUAGACUAUCUUCUCCGUCUCCAGGAAUCAAUCAGUGACUUCUACUGGUACUACUCCGGAAAAGACGUCAUUGAUGAAACUGGAAAGGUGAACUUCUCCAAAGCUUUGUCUGUGGCCAAGCAGAUAUUCAACUCACUCACUGAGUACAUUCAGGGCCCGUGUAUCGGGAACCAGCAGAGUUUAGCUCACAGCAGACUGUGGGAUGCAGUGGUGGGAUUCUUGCAUGUAUUUGCAAACAUGCAGAUGAAGCUCUCUCAGGAUUCCAGUCAGAUUGAGCUGUUGAAGGAGCUGAUGGAUUUACAGAAGGACAUGGUUGUCAUGUUGCUGUCUCUGCUCGAGGGUAAUGUCGUGAAUGGAACGAUCGGAAAGCAGAUGGUUGACACCCUGAUGGAGUCUUCCAGCAAUGUUGAGAUGAUCCUCAAGUUCUUCGACAUGUUCCUCAAGUUGAAGGAUCUCACAACCUCCGACAGCUUCAAGGAGUACGACCCCGAGUUUAAGGGCAUCAUUUCUAAGAAGGAGUUCCAGAAGUCCAUGGAGAACCAGAAGCAGUACAGCCAGUCGGAGAUCGAGUUCCUGCUCUCGUGCGCGGAGGCCGACGAGAACGACAUGUUCAAUUACAAGGAGUUCGUGGAGCGGUUCCACGAGCCGGCCAAAGACAUCGGCUUCAACGUGGCGGUGCUGCUCACCAACCUGUCCGAGCACAUGCCCCACGACUCCCGACUCGCCACCUUCUUGGACCUGGCCGAAAGCGUGCUCAGCUACUUCGAGCCUUACCUGGGGCGCAUUGAAAUCAUGGGCAGCGCCAAACGGAUCGAGAGGGUCUACUUUGAGAUCAGCGAGUCGAGCCGCGAGCAGUGGGAGAAGCCGCAGGUCAAGGAGUCCAAGCGUCAGUUCAUCUUCGACGUGGUCAACGAGGGCGGCGAGAGCGAGAAGAUGGAGAUGUUCGUCAACUUCUGCGAGGACACCAUCUUUGAGAUGCAGCUGGCCUCGCAGAUCUCCGAGCCGGACGUGGUCGAGCAGCCCGAGGAGGAGGAGCAGGAGGACGGACACAGCAUCCUGGAGGAGCUGUCCGCAGAGGAAGAGGCCGCUCUGGAGUCGCCCUCCGCCUUCACCACCGCCUGCCGCUCGGUCAAGAAGAAGAUUGCGCACGUCCGCGAUAUGUUUUCCCUCAAAAACGUGCGCAAGCAGUUCAAGAAGGUGAAGAAACUGAGCAUCAAGGAGAUAAUCACCGGCUUCUUCUCCUUCUUCUGGAUGCUCUUCAUCGGCUUCUUCAAGGGCAUCUACGGCCUCAUCUUCGGGUUCUUCCACCUCAUCUGGUCCUCCAUGUUUGGCGGCGGGCUAGUCGAGGGAGCCAAGAACAUGAAGGUGACGGACAUCCUCGGGAACAUGCCGGACCCGACCCAGUUCGGUAUCCACGGAGACGUGAUAGAAGGGGAGAAGGUGGAGGCCAUAGAGUCGACGGGAAGCUUGGACAAAGCCAUGGCUCCGGCGGGCGACGUCGCCGAGGUCGACAUGAUGUUGGAGAUGCUGUCGAUGCCCAAAAGAGAAGGAGGGAAACACGUGGAGCCUGGCCUGGGUGACGUUUCCGAGCUGAGCGCCGAGUCCUCCGCCACCGACCAAAAGAAGAAAGCCGCCGCCAAGCCUGCGGAAACCCCUGAGAGCGAACCGGAGAAAGCAGACACUGAGAAACGGGAGAAGGAGGAUACACCAAAGGAGGAGGCGGCUAAGGAGCCGGUGGCUGAGGAGAAGCCCAAGACCAAAUCGAGUCAGCCCAAAGAGGCUGCGCCUGCUUUCAUGUCCAGUGUCUUUGCUGUUCUGGACGUCUAUAAAAACAAGAUGCUGAACUACCUGGCUCGUAACUUCUACAACCUCCGUUUCCUGGCUCUGUUUGUGUGCUUUGCCAUCAACUUCAUUCUGCUCUUCUACAAGGUCACCGGUGAAGCUGAAGAAGACGCCGACGAUGAAAACCAGUGGGGCGGAGAUGAGGAGGAGGACGACGAGAACACGCUCUUUGACAUGGACGAGUUCGUGCUUCAGGAGAGCACCGGCUACAUGGCGCCGACGCUGCGCUUCCUGGCGAUAUUCCACACCGUCAUCUCCCUCCUCUGUGUGGUCGGCUACUACUGUCUGAAGGUUCCUCUGGUGGUUUUCAAGAGGGAGAAGGAGAUCGCCAGGAAGCUGGAGUUUGACGGUCUGUACAUCACCGAGCAGCCGUCUGACGACGACAUCAAAGGACAGUGGGAUCGACUCGUCAUUAACACCCCGUCCUUCCCGAGCAACUACUGGGACAAGUUUAUCAAGCGUAAGGUGAUCAACAAGUACGGCGACAUGUACGGGGCCGAGCGCAUCGCCGAGCUCCUCGGCCUCGACAAGAGCGCUCUGGACUUCGACCCCACGGUGGAGACGGUGGAGAAGGAGGCGUCCCUGCUGUCCUGGUUCAGCUCCAUCGACACAAAGUACCACAUCUGGAAAAUGGGCGUGGUGUUGACUGACAACAACUUCCUGUAUCUGAUCUGGUACACCACCAUGUCCAUCUUCGGCCACUUCAACAACUUCUUCUUCGCCGCUCACCUGCUGGACAUCGCCAUGGGCUUCAAGACCCUGCGCACCAUCCUGUCGUCCGUCACCCACAACGGAAAGCAGCUCGUGCUGACGGUGGGUCUGCUGGCCGUGGUCGUCUAUCUCUACACCGUGGUGGCCUUCAACUUCUUCAGGAAGUUCUACAACAAGAGCGAGGACGAAGACGAGCCCGACAUGAAGUGCGACGAUAUGAUGACAUGCUACUUGUUCCACAUGUACGUGGGCGUGAGGGCUGGAGGAGGCAUCGGAGACGAGCUGGAGGACCCAGCUGGAGAUCCCUACGAACUCUACCGCAUCCUGUUCGACAUCACCUUCUUCUUCUUCGUCAUCGUCAUCCUGCUGGCCAUCAUUCAGGGUUUGAUCAUCGACGCCUUCGGUGAACUGAGAGACCAGCAGGAGCAGGUCAAGGAGGACAUGGAGACCAAAUGCUUCAUCUGUGGCAUCGGCAACGACUACUUCGACCGGACGCCUCACGGGUUUGAAACCCACACCUUACAAGAGCACAACCUCGCCAACUACCUGUUCUUCCUGAUGUACCUGAUUAACAAGGAUGAGACUGAGCACACGGGCCAGGAGUCCUACGUGUGGAAAAUGUACCAGGAGAGAUGCUGGGACUUCUUCCCCACCGGAGACUGCUUCCGUAAACAAUACGAGGACCUGCUGGGUUAACAGGGCGGCCAACGCCCCUCCCUACUUUCCUACCUACUGGAGACACUGAACUGGACUUCCUCCUGAUAACAGACCUGAACACGAAUACACAAACACACAUACAAAUAUUAAGAGGAAAAAACAAAACAAAAAAAACUCAACAUUUUGAAUUCAGACUUGACGACUGGACGGUUCGAGCAUUCAAGUCUUUGAAAGUCUUCACCUGCCACGACGCCUCUUUUUAUGCAAACUCUUCUUUUGGUUCUGAUUCACAUUGCCUUUUCACCUGCUUAACCCCAACCUGCUGCACAAUCGUGUUGUGUUGUAGACAUCUGAGACAUGUGAAAGGGUUACAGCAUGACAAAUGAAUGUCUGAAUAUGCACAAUUUCUAGGUUAACGCCAGGAUGUUAGCGUCACUUACUACCGAAACCCACUGAACGGACGUGUGCUGCUAUUACUGUCGAUCGAGAUCGAGCUGAGACGAGUGAGACCUGAUCUGCCUUUCUAAGCUGGUUCAGUUCUGCCUGAUGAACUGAGGGGAUGGUUCUUCCAGAAACGACUCACUUUAGAUGUUUUACCAAGCGCCGACGUGCCUUACGAGAAACUAUGCAAAAAAAAGCAAUCAUCAUUUUUGUCCCUCUUGACACAAGCAGUGCUCUAGUUGUGGAUUAGUUAGAAGCUAGGUUUGUGGCUUUAAAAGAAAAAAAAAAAGAGAGAGAAACAUUUGUUGUAUAAAAUCUAGAUAAUCCUUGUGUAAAUGUUGCUUAGUUUGGUUUUGUUCCUAAACUGUGGUGUCCUGCCCGCCUGCACCUCUUUCCACAGUAGAAGAACCACACACACACACACAACAGAGGAGAAUAAAAAAAAAAAAGAACAUUAGGAUUUAUUAACGACAAACUACUGCUAUUGUAUGGCCAUUUGUAUGUAUGUAGUAGCUUUGGUAAACAAAACGCAUUUCUUUUGAAGAGGGGGAGGAAAUGAAUAAAGUUAUUCACGCAAUAAA